AUGGAGUUUGUUUCAUUUUUCAUGUUCAUAGCCUGGAAUGCAUUAUUGACUAACUUGACUUUUGGAAAAGAGCGAGAUCGCACAAUGAUGUUUCCAGAUUACUUCUUCUUUUCUGACAAACGUUUGGUGAAACAUAAAAUCGAAACUAAACACGUCAAAAACUUGGAUCAAUGUGAGCUUUCCUGCUACAUGAAUGACAACUGCGUCAGUGCUAACUUCAAAAAAGAGCCAGAGAAUGAAGGAAACGAUUACAUCUGUGAACUGAAUAACGCCACUCAUCUUGAACAUGAUACUGACCUGAUAACUAAUACCGAUUUUCAUUAUCGUGGCUCAAAGAACACCUGCGGUAAAAACCCACAGUGUCGAAAUAAUGCAACUUGUCAGUCUGGUUUCACAAUCAAGGGAUAUCGAUGCUUAUGCCCUCCUGGAUUCGAAGGAGAACAUUGCGAAAAAGACAUCGACGAGUGUUCGAAAGUGAACAUCUGUGAUGAACACGCCUCCUGCAGUAAUACCGAGGGCUCCUACAGUUGUGCCUGUAAUCCUGAAUACAUUGGGGAUGGUUUGACUUGCAAAGCCGAUCCGUGCUAUAAUUACAGAAACCUGAGUGAUGCUGACAGAAAGAGCACUCACAACACACCCAACGAUAGAGGAAAAUGUGACGACGAAUCAUCCAUAACAUUCGGGAAAUGGUAUCGUUUCGUGGGAGAUGCAGGGACAAAAAUGCCAACCCAGUGCGUACCGGAGCGGAGAUGUGGUGCGAACUUCUCAGGCUGGCUAAAAGGUGGUCACCCCACAUUGACAGAUGGUGAGGUUUCCUCCAAAGUCUGCUUUAACAGACGAGGAGAUUGUUGCAAGGAAUCAAAAAAUAUUAAAGUGAAAGACUGCGGAUCCUACUUUAUAUACCAACUACAAAAGCCACCUAGAUGUGCCUCGCGCUACUGUAGCACAGACUGA